GUAGCCAUCAUGCAUAUGGCGCCCCAGUAGAUGCUUUCGCUAAUCACACACCUUGUGCACAGCCUGGAGACAACAGUCGUACUUGUUGAACUUGAAGGCUUUUAUUGUUGACACUGUCCCACGAGCGUCCUCUUGUUCUCAACCAUCGGCGUAGCCAUCGAAAGCUGUCUUCCCCCGUCCACAUCUCCUACGCCAUGCCACGAACGUCCAGCUCAGAUUCGUCAGAUGACGGGCAAUAUUUUGUGCCCACAGAAGGCACUUACAUUGUUGUCCAGCUAGAUCCUGUCAACAUGGUCGAGCCGCUACGCGACCCUGAUUUGACUGCUGCCGCUCAAGCCCUGCAAACUUGCAAGUACAUCGCAUAUGUGUACCGUAUCAUUGAUCUACCCAUACCGAAGAGACCAGAUCAUAAGUGUCGCAUUGCGCUCGCUGGCCGAGGACCGUGUCAACAGGACGACGACGCGAACAUUGACGCGAGCAUGUGUGUCCCAAUCUCGCCAACAACGGAGCAUCCCCUUUCAAGGAAACCCGUGCCGACAAGGCCUUCAUUCCCCUUCCCCAAUUGCUAUCAAUACAGCAUGGCUAUUCCAGUUGUUCGUAUCCCGACCAAGUUUUUCUACGAUCACACAAAUGCCGUCGCUAUAUCCCCGUACGACCUCUUCUCUGUGAAGACCUACAUCAACGAGGACCAUCGAAAACGGGACACCCUACAAGCAGCGAAGAGCCAACCCGCCGCCGAACCGCUGUCUGGCGAAGACUUCGUGGACCACCGCAGUACACGUACAGCAUCGAGCUCGGUCGCGGGUGAGCACCAAGGGGAACAUGGACCAGUUUCUCUGUCGGAUGCUACACCAGUGGGCAAUGAACCUGUCGCAGACGCGUUCGAAAGUGAUCCUCCGACGCUUACUACCAAUGCGGACGCAUAUCGUAGCGACGUUGCCGCUGACACGCCGAAGCCCGAACCUGCAGCCCCUCAUCACGCGAACGGCAUAUCGAAGGACGGACCAGCAGAGGAAGGUCAGCGUAUCUUGAGCCAGUCGGAUCAGUCCCAAGUCGGCAGGACAGCUGUCGCGCCUGACGUGUCUGACGUUGAUACCACUGCGGCUCAUCGUAGUGUGAAGAGCUUUGAGCAGCGGUCAUCUUCACAACGUUCCGAGUCACAUAACGGUGACGAUGAUGGACGUUCCACUGGCAGCUCUAGCACGCACUCUAUGAUUGAAUCUAUUGCGGACCGUCCAAGGUCUGCAAGUCCUGCACCGUCAGAUCUGCUGCAUCGGAUCUUCCUGGGCAAUCCUGAUGAAGACCGAGAUAUCAUACCACUCGUUUCCGUCUCAUUAGACCUGUCGGACGCCGGCGAGGUCAACGACCCGAUGGCGUUCCUAAAAGAAAUCGAGGUCAUCCAGCAACUCGUCCUCGAGUACCGAAGUAAACAUGAUCAGUCUGAUUGGGACUGCGAGUCCAGCAACGCUACCAGCGUCGACACGUCAUCAUGGGUUGACGUUACUGCGGACGCCCCAUCCAUCCUCGAGCAACGUGAUACCACCGCGCGUAAGCGGACCAGGAUCUCAAAACUGUGUGACGCGACGAGGUUCAAAUUGCGAACUCGCGCCAGGUACAUGCGACGCCGUGGUGUCGCUUUCCUCAAGGUCGUCAAAGCAGUAUUGACGUGCUCCUUCACGGUUCGUAUCGAGUAUACCCUUGACUUGAAUUAGUAUAACAUGACAGAUACAUCUAUAUACGAGUCGCUAGACUGUAGUUGUGGUGACGAGGCAGCUCGUCGCGAUACGUCCAUACCACUAUACCAACAUUCACUUCAUUGCGUUCAUUUGAAUCAGAGUCGGCCAGAGCCUCUAUCCUCCUCCUCCU